GUACCUAACUGUCUUAUCUACACUUUUCAUUUUAACAGAACCUUAUAAAUGUCAGAAUGAGCGGCCUGGAAGUAGCGGGUAUUGUUCUUGGCGCCUUUCCGUUACUCAUAAGCGGCAUCGAGCACUGGCGUGAUGUUGCGAAAGUCGGCGGCUUUUACUGGCGGAUACGUAAGGAAUAUACCAAAUGCCAGCGCGAUAUCCAGUUCCAUGAAAUCGUAUAUAAGAACAACCUCAAAGAGCUCUUGUUUCCACUCCUUCACGAUGUCGAUGAAGUUGGGAAGCUCAUCGCAAAUCCGGGGGGUCUAAAGUGGAGUGAUAAGGCGUUACAAAAGCAACUAGAACGCAGGUUGAAAGAGUCAUACCAGUUGUAUCUGGACACCAUGGCUGAAAUGAAUGAGAUUGCCGAAGAGCUAAAGAAAGAGUUAUGUUUUGGAGAGAAGAAUGUACAGGAUAAGCUCUCACUACCAGAAACAAAACGACGGAGCGUCAACCGGUCGCCAAGCCCUCAACAGGGCGCAAGACCUUCGAAAAUUUCCACUGCAAAGGGCAAGAUGGAUUACGAAUUCUUCAGAAUGAAGUUUAGCGUUGGGGAAAGGAUCAGGGAUGAGCUAUUUGGUCAGCUAAAAGAAUGCAAUGAGCGCCUGGAGAAGCUAUUGAACUCUAGCGAUAGAGUCUCUGCACUCCAAGAUGUCGCACCUGGAGCUACCAAAAAAGCUUCUGAGCUGGAGUCGGCUUUCAAAAGGAUUUCCAAGAAAUCAAACCUGCUGUUUCAGGCGCUGCAGAAUGCGUGGCAGUGCUCAUGCCAGCAAUACCACUUCGCGAACUUGAGACUUGAGCAUCGAACAUUGGCCGAAGCAUGUUUCGAGAUCGUCUUC